GCCAACUCCAGAGGAACUGCUGCAUGACAGUUUGUUCGGUGAAGUAUCCUCAGUGUAUCCUCCCUUCCACAAGCCUGCUGGUCUGUUCUCAUCUUCUCCAAGGUGUGCUAAUUUAACACUUCCUGAAGACAUAAGUCAACUAUGUAAAGAUGACGAUAGUGAUUACCUAGCAGAAAGGUCAAUUGAAGAGGUUUAUUAUCUCUGGUGUCUGGCUGGAGGAGACUUGGAGAAAGAACUUGUCAACAAGGAAAUCAUUCGAUCAAAGCCACCUGUCUGCACACUUCCCAACUUUUUAUUAGAAGAUGGUGAGAGCUUUGGGCAAGGACGAGAUAGAAGUUCCCUCCUAGAUGACACAACUGUGACUUUGUCUCUGUGCCAGCUCCGAAAUAGACUGAAAGAUGUUGGUGGGGAAGCAUUUUAUCCAUUGCUUGAAGAUGACCAGUCAACUUUACCUCAUUCAAAUAGUAGUAAUGAGCUGUCUGCAGCUGCGAGUCUUCCUCUGAUCAUCCGGGAGAGGGACACAGAGUACCAGCUAAAUAGAAUUGUCCUGUUUGACAGACUGUUGAAGGCCUACCCAUAUAAGAAAAACCAAAUUUGGAAAGAAGCCAGAGUUGACAUCCCUCCUCUUCUGAGAGGCGUAACCUGGGCUGCCCUGUUGGGUGUUGAGGGUGCCAUAGAAGCAAAAUAUGAUGCCAUUGAUAAAGACACACCGAUUCCUACAGACAGACAAGUAAGAUUUCUGGUGUUAUCAAAUGUUACUUUAA